AGUACCACCAGUGACGCAAAACGCUCAGCGCGAAAUGUUCCUGUUCCGCCACCGUACAUCCCGUCGCCGUGACCUUCUUUCUAUUUCCGCUUUCCCGCCAGCGAGUUUUCAGCGAGGGAUAUUCGCUGGGUUAGUUUUGGAAGCAUGGAAAGUAUGGCGGAUCAGCAGCACUACUCUAUUGCGACGGAGUUAGCGCCUGGUCCUGAGGAAGAGUGUGGAUACUUGCAUGUUCAGCUGGGCAGUGAAGUCGUAGCAGAGAAAUCCCUUACUCAGUGCUUCACAGAUGAAGUUGUUGGCGAUAUGACGCAGGCGGCAGAGGUGUACUACUUGCAACCCGACGGGAGUCUGCUACAAGGAAGUGAGAUAGUCAAGGACGCUGCGCUAGUCCGCUCUUCUCUUAACAUCACUAAGGGGAGCCCCACGAUAAAAGACGCGGCUCGCCAGCUUCAGACUGCAGCCCAGCAUGUUGCUCUUGGGGAACUCAACCAAAGCUCUCUGCCACGCCAGUUGCUGAAAUCAAUUCAACUUGAAAUGCCAAGUGUUCAACAACUGAAGACCGCAGACCAAGCUGUUGAUCAGGAAACACAGAUUCAAGUGAAUUUGCACUCACAGAACUCAAAUUUGCGAGUGUUUCAACUAAAGACAAGGGCUGAACAUGGAGAAAUAAAACAUGGGUUAGAUUCUGCUAUCCAAAUUCUUGUUCAGCAGCCGCACUUCUCAGAAACUCUUAAAGCUAAGGACACUAAUAAGGACACUAAUAAGAAAACCGUAAAUCCUGUGACCUUACUGAAAAGCCAGAAUUAUUCUGUUUCAGUAGCAAAGAAUAUGAGUAAAAAAAAGGUGUCUUGCAAUCCCGAGAAGCUACAGAAGAAAGACAAGUGCAAAAAGUCAAAAAUAAAAACCCGUUCUGGUCGCAUUUCACGACCUCCUAUGCACAAAGCAAAAGAUUACAAGUUUAUUAAGACUGGGACUUUGGCACACAGCAGUCCUUCAGAUUCUGAUGAUUAUUCAGAACUUAGUGGAGAAGAUGAAGACCGUAAAACAGAGCAUGUAUCUUUUGCCUCCCAGAGUUUUACAGUAAAACAUACAUUGUUUCAGUGUGAAACAUGUGAAAAGUCUUACAUGGGAAAAGGAGGAUUAUUACGGCACUACAGACUUUAUCCUUUUCAUGGGCAGAUGCAGUCCUCAGAAAUAAAUGUUUCCAUGCCACCUGGGAAUGAAGCUGAGAAGAGAUUGUUUGACACUCAGAAGUCAAAACCAAGUCAUUUAUCAAAGGGACCAGUAAGCCGAGGGCGACCGCGAAGAACAGGAAGAUGUGCAGCACGACUUGGACGCCCAAAAAAAUCCCUAAAUAGUAUAUCUUCAUAUUCUGAUAUACAGUUAAAAACAGCUAAAUUUAAAGAGUUUCUCCAGCAGUAUGAAGAAGGAGAUUUAAAGGAACUGGUUCUACCAUGUCUCACAAAAUUUGUCAGUGUAUAUGAUUUUUUGCUCUCAAAGGUUGAAGAUGAUCAACCAGGCAAGUCCUCUUUCCCAUUCAUCUAUAAAGAAUUUGAGCAAUUGCACUCCAUGGUUAAACUCCUAGCUCAGGAGUAUGUCGCUAACACUCUUGAGAGUGCUGAAGUACCCCUUGAAAUCAAAGAUUAUAAGGUGGCUGAAUCAUUAGGUAUUAAAGGAGACAUAACUGGAAAAUAUCCUUCCACUGAUUUAACAUCUGAAAGUAAGACUCGUUCUGAAACUAAACAAAAACACAAGCCAGAGUGCUCAGAUGAAGAGAUGCUCCCCCCAGCGAAGAUUCCAAGAAUGGAAGGAAAUGUCAAUGAAUCCAUGAAUGAAGGUGGAAUUGGCGAAAAGUUUUCCAGUAUAACUGAUGCAAAUGGUAAGUGCUGCCACCCUGAUUCUACAGCCAUGCCUUCAUCUGAUUACUGGAUUAAAGCAGUCUCACCAGAUACUUCAGAGUCCAGCCUUAAAUCUCAGGUAAACUGCAGUUUGCAGGAAAUCGUAAAAGAUGCUGUGGGCACACAUAUUAAUGAUUUUGAAGAUCCUGUUUCAUCUAAGGAUAGUGGAAACAGUCUUAUAGACCCUGGACUGUCUGAAUGCUUCCUCUCAAAUGUAACCCACACAUCAAUUUUGGAUCUGGCAGUCUGUGAGCAGGAUAAAUCUGGGCUUUUAUUUCAUGGCGAAGUGCAUACUGACCCUGUGAACAAUCCAGUGACUACUGAGGCAAUAACAAGUGAAGAAACAGUUUGCUUAAAUGAAUCUGAAACUGAAAUGCUCGAGGCCUUCCAAGAUGAACAUGCAGCUCAACUUUUGCAGACAAAUAUUAUAAACAUUCAAGCCUCUUGUAUAGAUGGAAAAUGUACUGUAGAACAUGACAAUGCUGACCAGAGUGGUAUGAGUUUAACCUGUGGUGCAGAUGCGAUUGUCUUGCCUGAGCAGACCAUUCCACCUAAUACAGAAGGAGUUGACCUAUCUAAUUACGAAUAUCAGGCAGAGAGCAUCAUACUAACAAAUACAGGUACAACCACCAUGCACAUCGAACCCAUUGAUACAAUGUUACAGAUGGAGACAAACUGAUUUUUCUGGUUUUUAUAUAAAUGUAAGCUAUGGGAAUUCCUAUAGAUUUACACUGGAAAUGUAUAAUUUAUUUGUAAAAUGCCUAUAUCAGAGUUUUUUGUUUUUUUUUUUGUUUAUACAAAGUUUAAUCUUUCUAAAUAACAAUUUGCACUAAAUGAUGUUGUUAAACUUAAAGGUUGGCUUCGAUUUUUGCAGCCCCUUAGACUCAUACAGCAGGCUGAAAGGCAUAACUAUCCAUCCGGUGUUUUGUUUGGAGCCAUUUAAGCCUGCAGUGCAGUGUGAACAUGCUCUGUUCAAGCCAGCCCCUCUCCCUGCAUUUUAGGUCACUGCAUUUCUAUUGUGUUAAAUACCCUGUUGCUACUUUAUCUUUGUAAGCAAAGCCCAGGAUUAAUUUGCUUCCUGGGUGCAACACAUGACAUGAAGUAGUAAUUUGCUCACAUUAGACAAGCUGAGAGUGUGGUCCAUUAUACUGCAUUUAUGUUGUACAUAUAUCCCAUCCAGUCUCAAUCACAUCAGUCUGCAUUUAUUUCACUUGGUAAAACCCAUUCACACACACAAUGGACUGAACCCAUGCCCCGAUAACUUGCAGUUCUGUAAGUUUUUACAUUGUUCAUGUAAAUAUUCAAAGAAAUUCACAAAUUUGAAGAAGCUUUAGUCUGGAUUUUAAAACUGUUCCAAAGGACUAACCAGUUAAUGACCUUAGUGUUCUUUAGCCUCUCGACAUUCUGUUAAUAUGUAUACUUCUGAAAGCACAAGUACUUAAGAACAACACUUUUUACACUGGCAGUUUUUUGGAAAUUGUACCCUUACAAUAAAGUGCAAACACACCUGCUGUCCUAUGGAAUGAAAAUUGGUUUGGAGUUCUAUGUGUAUACAGGCCAUUGGCAAGACACGCUAGUUGCAGAACAUGUUUUGUGGAAAGCUUUUUGAUUCGUUUUAGUAGAAUGAAUAUUGUAUCUGUCUAAAUAUAUUCAAAUUUCAAGCUACCUUCUGUAUCACAAACAAGUUGAGCAGCCACUGUCUACAUUUUAUUCUGCUACUUACACGCUUUCCUACUCCUCUGUUCCAUUCUGCAAAAUGUUAUUCAAUAUUAAAUGUUUUUCAGUU